CUACCCUCAUGUGAUCGUCCGAUCAUCUGCUUCCGGUUUAUUAUGUCAGUGCACAGGUUGGCCUAGGCCGACUAGUUUGGGACUUGUUCAAAGGAAACUCGAGUUCAUAUUACCGUGAUUACCACAAUGUAUUCGCCACUAACCAAGAUCGUCAUAAUCGUAACCAUUUUGUCAACAUUUUCGAUAAAUGUAUUUGCUGAGGAAGGACAUUGUGUCUGGUAUGACACAUGUGGCACAGAUACUGAUACCAAAAAGGCCAUCAAUUGUGCUUACAAUGGCACUGCCAAGCCCCUGGAAGAUGAGGAAGCAGUGAACAUAUACAGGGACUACUGUCCUGACCUGUACGCCAUGAGGAAUGGCAGUGCCCCUAUGACCUGUUGCUCCGCUGACCAGCUGAAAAUCCUCCAGUCCAAUAUGGACGUCCCUAAGCAAAUGCUUUCUCGGUGCCCCUCAUGUUUCCACAACUUUGUCAACUUGUACUGCUAUUUCACAUGCGCACCAGACCACAGCAGGUUUUUGCGCAUCAAUACAACAGAAACCAACCCAAUCUCUACAGCAAAGAAAACAGUUGCUGUUAAAUCUGUGGACUGCCUGGUGUCUCCAUCAUUUGCUAAUGGCAUGUUUAACUCCUGUAAGAAUGUCCAGAUGCCCAGUGCUAAUGAACGAGCCUUGGGUAUCCUGUGUGGUCACUCUGCCGAUCAGUGCACACCUCAGAACUGGCUGGACUACAUGGGUGGCACAGCCAAUGGACAGACCCCAUUUCAGAUCAACUUCCAUCUUGGAAACUCUAGUAAGGUCUUCCCAAAACUGGAACCACUUAGUGCCAAAAUCAUCCCUUGUUCUCAGGCUCUGACAAAUGACACCAACCCCUGCAGUUGUCAGGACUGUGCGGACAUGUGUACCCCUGCCAUCCCACCACCCCCGCCAGCCAAGCCCUGGAAGAUCCUUCACAUCGACGGCUACUGCUUCAUCAUGGGAGCAAUCUUCAUCUUCUUCACCGCCUUCUUUGGAGUGUAUGCUAUUUGCUACAACAUCAUCGUGCAGGACUCGCUCUCCCUGGACGGGAUUGAUGAGGAAGAUGAUGAAGGGAACCCAAUCUACAGGAUUGACGACCAGGGCAAGAAGAAGCGGAGGAAGAACUCCUUCUCUUCUAUCAGGAAGGAUCAGCUGGGAAUCACUGAGAAACUUGGAGCUAGAAUGGAGAUGAUGUUUGAGAAAGCUUUCAGCCGUUGGGGCACAAUGUGUGCCAGACACCCGUACAUCGUUUUUGGCAUCAGUGCUGUCAUCAUUGUCAUCUUGGUUGCUGGAAUAGCACUGUUCCAGGUCACCACGUCGCCCGUCAAACUGUGGUCAUCCCCAGAUAGCCGUGCUAGACAGGAAAAGGACUACUUUGACAACCAUUUUGUGCCUUUCUACCGGACCCAGCAACUGAUUAUCACCCGCACCGGCAACCACUCCAAGGUGGCCCACAGGUUCCCGCCUCCCUCCACGGAGUAUGAAUACUUCCCAGCCAUCUUUGAUAAAGAGUUCCUGCAUCAGGUUCUGAGACUUCAGAACACAGUGGAGCAUCUGACAACAAAACUAGGAAACGACACUGUGAGCCUGCAGGACAUCUGCUUCCAGCCCAUGGCGCCAGCAUACCCCAACUGUACCAUUCAGAGCAUCUUGCAGUACUACCAAGACUCACAUGAAAUGCUGGACAAAACGGUUAUGGAUAGCUCAGGCUUCUUUGUGGCGGCCGAUUAUCUGGACCACUUUCUCUACUGUGUCAGAGCCCCUGCAUCACUGAAUGACACCACCAAGCUCCACACCUCAUGCCUGGGGACGGAUGGGGCACCAACCUUCCCCUGGGUGGCGCUGGGAGGAUUUGAUGGUGACAACUACCACAACGCCACAGCCCUGGUUAUAACAUUCCUGGUCAACAACCAUGUCAACGAGGCAGACAAUGCUAAAGCAGAAGCUUGGGAAGCAGAGUAUAUCAAGUUCAUAAAGGGCUUCUCCAACCCCAACAUGUCCAUCGCUUUCUCCUCGGAGCGGUCAAUCCAGGAUGAGCUUGACCGUGAGAGUUCCUCCGACAUCAAAACAAUCCUCAUCAGCUACCUCAUCAUGUUCGCCUACAUCUCCCUCACCCUAGGCAAGAUCAACACCUGCGCCAGAUUCUUUGUUGACUCCAAAAUAACUAUGGGUCUGGCCGGCGUGCUGAUUGUGCUUCUGUCGGUGGGGUGUUCUCUCGGCUUCUUCAGCUACGUAGGCCAGCCGGCCACUCUGAUCAUCAUCGAGGUUGUACCCUUCCUCGUGCUGGCUGUUGGCGUGGACAACAUCUUCAUCCUAGUACAGGCCUAUCAGCGUGAUCAGCGGCAAGCGUCAGAGGACCUGGAACAGCAGAUAGGCCGCAUUGUGGGCAAAGUGGGACCCAGUAUGAUGCUGACCAGCUUCUCUGAGUCCAUCGCUUUCUUCCUUGGUGCCCUGACCGACAUGCCAGCAGUGAAGAUCUUCUCUCUGUAUGCAGCCAUGGCUGUCUUUUUUGACUUCUUGCUGCAGAUCACCUGUCUGGUGGCACUAAUGUGCCUGGAUGCCAAGAGACAGGAGAAAAAUCACUUUGACUGUUGCUGCUGUGUGAAGAUGAGGAAUGCAGAGAAGGAGGAGAAGCGCGAGGGCCUGCUGUACACGUUCGUCAAGGACUACUACUCUCACUUCAUCAUGAAGGAGUGGGUCCGGCCUAUCGUGAUGAUUGUCUUCGUUGGCUGGUUCUGUGCAAGUUGUGCCAUGGCACCAAGGAUUGAAAUCGGGUUGGAUCAAAAACUGUCCAUGCCAGAGGACUCGUACGUUCUGGAUUACUUCGGCAACUUGUCAGCCUACCUGUCUGUUGGCCCACCGGUGUACUUCGUGGUCAAGUCCGGACACAACUACACCACCACAGCAGGCCAGAAUGACAUCUGCGGCGGCAACGGUUGUCCGGAAAAUUCUGUUCUCGGACAAAUCUUCAAGGCAGCACAACAGGCUAAUUACACCCGCAUCGCCCACCCUGCCUCCUCGUGGCUGGACGACUACUUCAGCUGGCUCACCCCUGACGGCAACCCGCCAUGUUGCCGCUACUACAACGAGACCGACACAUUCUGCAAAGCUACAAUUGUCAAUGACUCCUGUGUUAAAUGCAACCUAACCAACUUUGCAAAAGGACGUCCUUCAGAGGAGGACUUCAUGCCCUUCUUGCCCUGGUACCUGGAGGACAUUCCUGAAGUCAAGUGUUCCAAAGGUGGCCAUCCUGCCUACGGGUCUGCUGUACAGCUGCUGAACAAGAACACAACUGUUGGAGCAACAUAUUUCAUGACAUACCACACUAUCCUGAAGACCAACAACGACUACAUCAGUGCUCUCAAGAUGGCGAGAGAAAUAGCCAGCAACAUCACACGGGAUCAGAACUUCACAGAGGAAGGAAUCUCUGUCUUCCCAUACAGUAUUUUCUAUGUCUACUAUGAGCAGUAUCUGACUAUCGUGCAUGACACCAUCAAGAACCUGUCCAUCUGUGUUGGUGCCAUAUUCCUCGUGACAUUCGUGCUGCUGGGCUUUGAGCUGUAUUCUGCCAUCAUGGUCGUCAUCACGAUCGCCUUCAUCCUGGCCGACAUGCUGGGGCUGAUGUACCUGUGGGACAUCUCACUCAACGCUGUGUCACUGGUCAACCUUGUCAUGACUGUGGGUAUAGCGGUGGAGUUCUGUUCCCACAUUGUCAGAGCCUUCACCGUCAGCACCAUGCCGACACGCAAGGAGCGCGCCAAACACGCUCUGGCACAAAUGGGGAGCUCGGUGUUGAGUGGUAUCACUCUCACCAAGCUGGGAGGUAUCAUUGUCUUGGCGUUCUCCAAGUCGCAGCUGUUCCAGGUGUUCUACUUCCGCAUGUACCUGGGUAUCGUGGUGUUCGGGGCAGCACAUGGUCUCAUCUUCCUGCCUGUCCUGCUCAGCUAUGUUGGGCCUCCAAUGAACAAGGCCAAGGUGUACUAUAAUCGAAUAGAAGCGAUGCAGGGUGCUGACAGUAACAUCAACCGCAACAUCGAGCGUCGCAGCAUCAUGUCGGACCAAGAUGACAACCCUCCGAGCUACGACAGUCUACAUUAAUGUACACAGACAAGCGACAAACAAAAAUCCAAAGUUCUUUCACUGUCCUAGUAUGAAUGUGUGGAUGUAUGCUCAGUUCUAUUAGGACUUGUAAGGGAGAUUGUGAAGUGUUUGUGUAUAGUGAUUUGACAUUGCAAAUGGUAUUUGUUAAUGAAGGCUCAGGUUGUUCUAUUUAAGUGAUUAAAUAUGUACUGUUCCACUCCAUACAGGGUGGGUGAUGUAUCCAUGUAAGAAAUAACAUGUGAAGGUUACAUGGUGGCUUUGGAAUGAAAUGUAUUUCAAUAAUCUAAGCAAGGGAAAUUUUGUGAUUAUUUGAGGGAUUAACAUUGGGACACUCAUUACAAAACAAAUAGCAUUGUAAUGAAUUCCUAUUUUUCCAAUUUUGAAAUGAAGUCUGAUAAAUCAGAAUUGAUUUGUUUGAGAUUAAAUUUACUAGAAUAUUUUUUGAGUUCCUUGAUGCAUAAUAUGUGAUUGUUUCACUGGGAAAAUUUAAUAUGGAAAUUGGAAAAUGGUAGGAAACCACCAACACAUUUUUAGUGGUAAAUGAAUAUUGAUAUGAUUUUCAUAACCUGUGCUGUAUUUGACGUGGUGUUCUAUUGACAGUUGUUAGGACAGUGUUUUCAUGAGCCAAAAACUACCUUCCUUUUGGCCAGACCAGUUUGUUUGGUUCGUGGAAUUCCUCAAGAGGCAGGAGGCCAAUUUGAACAUCUAAAUUAAUACUGAUGAUUAUGUGAGUUUAAUUUCCUGCGAAACACAAAAGUCUCUUGGAUUAUAGUUUUUAGUACACAAAUGUAUGUUUAAGAAAGGCACACCGAGAAGAAUUUUUACGAUUAUUUUUUAACUUUCGUAAAGUUUAUGGUAGGCUUUCUAUAAAAUAAAGAUAACUUGGUCUGGCCAUUGUGUCAUGUUCCCCUUGUUUGUGAAGAUGUGGUGACAUUUUCAGUCCACAACCACCAAAUGAUGUCCUAAAAUAUUCCAGGGAACUCUACCCUCUUUAUAACAGAUUCUCCAGUAUGCUAUGUCAUCCUACAGUCAGUGUAGCAGAGUCAGUGUAGAUCCAGUGGCGGCAUCUGUUGGCGGGAGUAUCAUGCCAUCAGGUUUUAUCAGGCUAUGCUUUCCUCAUGAUGUAGCGUAUGUAUCACGGUACUUGCCCCCUCAAUCAAUGCAUGUCAUGAAACAAAUGGAAACAAAUUUGGGAUGAACUUUAUCAUGUAUUGACACAUUGAUUCUCAUAAUAACAAGCAAUGGAAUGGAUAGCAAGUUCUUGGUAAUUGUUUGGAUUCGUCAGUGAAGAUGCUACAUCUUUAUGAAGAAAUACCCUACAUGAUGUUAAGGGACUAGUCGUAAAUAAUAGGGGAGGAGACAGAUUAAGUGGGGAGUCUCAGGGAAAAAAAUGACAUUUAUUAUCAUAACUCCAGGGGAUAUCAGCAAAAUAUGAUACAUAAUCAAUUACCAGUCCCUAAAAAGGUGAGAAUUUCUGCAAUGCAACAUGCACGCUUAUGAAAAUGUUCAUUUGGUGCUUUCCUGUCACAGUAAGCCGGCUUGCCGGGAUACUGUUCAAAAUGGUGUUAAACCCCACUCUUACUCACUAUAAAAAUCUUAAAAGUUCUAGAUAUAUUUGUCCACGUUAUUGCUUGUUUUUAUGUAGAGCAACCUCUUGAAAGCCGAUCAGUGUGUCAUUGAUAUGUUUAUUAAUACAAGCAGCAAUAUGAUGUAUUGUAUGUAUUGUGGCCAUGCAUCCAGACUCGUGCUGAUAUUACUUGCACAUGGUAUUUUUAGUAUUGAAUGAAUGGUAUGAAAGACAGGUAUAGUACAAAUAUUGGAAGUUGUACACUGGAAUUUUGUAACAUGGAUGAAAGAAAUAUAUUUUAUGAAUGGUUCAAGCAUAGCUGAGUUUGCACUUGCAAAAUUACUGCAAGUAAAAUAGAUGUAGUAGACAGCAUUAUCUCAUAUUUAAUCUCAAGUAUGAAUUUACAUUUACUCUUUGGCAGAUUCAUUUCUAUUUGUACAGAACAUGACAAGAAUCCACAAAAGUAAUUCAUAUGUUGAAUUAUCUUCCCAUGGCAAGGGCAUUAACUGACAAUCUAGUUUCCACCCUUGCUGGACUAGGCUGGAAUUUCAUGGCGCGAGUGACCAGUGGCAAUUAUGAGUUCUGUCCCUCCUACAGACCAAUCACAUUCCACCUCUCGUAUCACUUGCAUUUGUUUAAAACAAAAUGGCGGCGCCCAGUCAAGAUCUUUUGUAAUCUUUUGUCUUACCUCGCCCAGUGCAUCAAAUCACUUGAGCACCUUGAUAAGAAACAUGAAAAGAUUUUAAAUCCAUGUUGUUUACAAACCGGAUGUCUAGUUCGUUAUGUGAUUUUGAUGGACUAUGCAUAGUCUUGUUAGUCCAGCCAAAAUAUAACACCGGAAUUCCAGCCUAGUUUGGCAAGGGUGGAAACUGGACUUCUAUCGUCAGUUAAUUCCCUUGCCUCAGAAGGAUGAUGUUCGAUAAAGCGAUCAAUAUUGAUGCUGCACAUUGCCCAAGGAAGAGAGCAACUUUAAUUGGUGGAGCAUGGAGGUCAUUAUAAUGAAUGUGAGCUGUACAUAAUUGGGACAUUUUCACGUGACUGUGCCUUGAUAAGUUUGUUUUAUUGAGUAUUUAUGCUGGCAUGUUCUGAACUGUUUUUCACACAUCUGAAUUUGUAGUGUUGAGAUUAUUUGUGGUAUGUGUCCAUUUGUUACAUUUUACUACUUUUGUUAUGUUUCAUUAUUGUAUGUGUAUUGGUAUUUUCCUGAAUGGAUCAGCAUGCAUAAAGAUAUGGUUCCUACGUGUAGACUUCAGAUAGAGCCUGUCAUGAUUGAACAAGUAUUAACCUUGAGAAUUCUGUCACAGAAGAAAACAGGACUAUUUAAUUCAUUUUUUUCAUCUUGUUCAGACUACCAUGACUUCUCUUGAACAUUCGUGUUUGAUGUUUUCCUGCUAAAACAGCUCUAUGGAAGGGGCAGCUUUUGACAGGAUGCUUUCAAAUUGUUUAUUUCACAAAGUUUACCUUGUUUUUGUCAAGUUCAAACUUGAAUUUUAGUCACCAUGCAUAGUGAACCCCGUCGCCCUCUUUGUUAAACCUAGAUGGUCAUCUCUGUGAUAGUCUGCAGACAAUAGGGUGCUACAGUCCUAGUGCUAAAAUCAUUUUAUGUACAAGGUCUAAACAGAGAGGUUGUAAAAUCUCCAAAUAAUUCUAUUCAGAUUGCAAGGCAUGCAGUCAUGUAACAAUCAGGAUACUACCUAACUAUUGAAGUCAUGGUUCUCUAACUAUAGAGGCAUCUGGUAACUUUCAUCUCAGAGUAGUCAUACAGUCUUGGAAAAAAUAGACUUAACUGGACUUAAGCAUCCCUAACCUUCUGUAUUUUUCACAUACAUAGAUACAAGUUCUAGUGAACAUAUUCAGGCCACCAUUUUGAAAUCUUGUAGUUUAUUGAUGUGUGUUUACAGGAAACUAGUCAACUUGUUAACAAAUCAGCACACCUUUCAUACAAAAAUGUUCUGAUACUUGGAUUAAUAAUGAGCACUUGAAACGCUGGAGGGCCGGUUUCUUUGCUCAAAAUAUGUUGAUUAACUCUGUGUAUUCGCAUUACAACCAUAACACCUCAAAGUGCCGUUCUACAGCUGUACAACGCGUGCUGUUGAUAACAAUCAUAACCAUGAAUUUGGAAAUUUCUCAAUUCUGAUCCGUCAAUACAUCCCUUCAGAUUGAAACAGACGAUUUGACGGCUGCAUCAACAUGGAAGUUAAUAUUUAUAGAAUAGUACUUCUUUUUAGUCAUUGUCCGUAGGCAUUUUAAAAUAAUUUUAUAAAAUAUAACGGUGCACUUACUACAAAAUUCAAAGGAUGUGUGGCAAUAAAAUCUUUUACAGAAAACACGACAGCAAUCUACCAAGAGAAUGUAUUUCAAAUUAGGUGGGACACAGGAGCUUGAAAUUUGGCGAUCUUUCAUAUAUGACUGACAUGAUAUCUUUUGUGUCACAAUGAGCGAUAUGACGUCAUUUUAGCGACGUGCAGUGUAGAAGAAAACAUUGGAAGGCUUAGUUUUCUUGAGAGGUGCCCACUAGUUAGGUUGCUGUGCUACAUGCUUUCAAUGCCCCCUCUGCACAUUCGGUUCCAAAUUCAACUGAGCAUUGUUAAAUCUACAGGUACCCUAGCUUUACAUUAAAAGCACAGUACGUUUAUCUACUAAGUUCACUCAGAUGUAUGAUAAUGUUUAGCAUGCUGAUCAUGCCUGUAUGUUUCUAUUAACCUGACUUGAACUUGCAUCAACACCAAUCUGUUGUGCAAGAAACUGGUACCACAGCUGUAGGGUCAUCGACAGUACUUCACAGGGUUGUAUACACGAGUUCCUCAAAUCGUUCUUCAAACACCAAACACACGUCAUACACGACCUCAUUACUCAAUUUAAAAUCAAUACACACCACAAUUACACUGCAUUUCAAAUGUAUGUAUUGACAAGUGAUGCAGGAACUGUGUGUACAAACCUGUGAAAUAUUGACCAUGUCCGAGUCCUGCCCGCAGUGCUGUGUCCAGUCUGUCUGAUCUGUACAUCUUCUGCACCAUGUAAACAAUAAACAUAAACAACAA